AUGCAAUUCUGUAGUGAACUAUUUAACUGGAGUUUGACAUUUAUGAGGCGCAUUGGCUACUUUGAUCAGCAUCGUCUCGCGUUGCUUUACCUCAUAUCGCCGAUAUUUUUAUGUCUCACGGCGUAUUAUCGCACUUACGUCAUUCGGAAUGAUUUCGAUGAAGUUAUUGUUAAUUUAUUUAAAAUAUCUGGAGCCACUACAACAACAGUUCGCGCCUUUAUUGUGAUGUAUAAGGCAAAGAAGUUCUUGAGCUUUUUCGAAAGUAUUGAUAAUUGGUACCAGGAUCUGCAGCGCGAGGAUGAUGACAUAACAUUGAAGAAAGCACACGAAUUUACUAAAAAGAUCAAAAAGACUUCGAGAACAGUAUUAAUCCUCGCGGGUAUUACACUAUUUUACGUUAUCUUCAUACAGUUGUUAGCAACGGCUGGUGUUGGAUAUAAAAAACUACUCGUUGAUGUCGCGUUCCCGGGUGUCGAUUUGUAUGAAAGUCCUUUAUGGGAGAUGGUGUCCAUUCUGCAAAGCUUAUGGAUUGCGCCUAUUGUACUCUUUUCAUACGUUUCAUAUUUAUGUUUGACUUUAAUAGCCAUUGCGUUUGGCAUAUUCUUGAUGAGAAAUCUGCAGAGCAAACUGGAAGGUAUGAACGAAAUGACCGACGAGGAAGCAUUGAAAUGUAUUAAGAAAUGCGUUAAGGAUCAUGUUAUGAUUAUAAAGUAUCACAGAGAUUUGGAAGUAUUAUUUUCGGUUGGAAGCUUUGCCGAUGUUUGUACUUUCGCUAUAAUACCUUGUGUCAUAAUUGUUAUUUCAACAAUGGACCAUGAUAUGUCACUGUUGAUUGCAGACAUUCAGCUGUCUCUUAUGGUCAUGAUUUCGACCUUCAUUAUCUUCUGGGUGGCCAAUAAUUUCUGCUACGAGAGUAAAAUUAUAGCUAACGCGGCCUAUAACUGCAAUUGGGAAAACCGUAACAAGGAAUUUCGUAAAUACAUUCCACUAAUUAUCAUGGCUAGUCAGAGGCCACUGCAGCUCACUGCUGGUGGUUUAAAGCCGAUUAAUAUGGAGUUUUUCCUAACAAUGGUGCGCUGCACUUAUUCGCUCUUCACCGUUCUAUUUACAAUGAAGACCGAAGCCGAUUCUUAAAAUUGUACGCCCAAAAGUUAUAAUUUCAAAAAUAUAAGAAAUCUAAUAAAUGGAGUCGAGUUCAUGCUAGUACUUAGAUUAACAAUAUUCUUUAGAUGUUCAUGUAGUUGUGUUAAUAAAAUAUC